GAUGAGAAAAACAUGGAAAGUAAAUGUUUCAGCGUGAUUUUAACGGAGCGAAGGAUGGGAUACUGUUUCGCCUGGCACAUGGGACCAACUAACUGAGUGUUUUACCAGGAAUACAUCAACUAAACAUGGACUUCACUGAGAGGUAAACAACCCAUAAGUCAGCAUGGGUUUGGUGAACUUUGUCAUCUCCACGGUGGGGAAAUGUCUGGACGCUGCCUGCCUGCUGCUGGACCUGAAUUUUGUCGUCGUCCACACGGUGGUCCGGUCUAUCCUGGCGGUGGUCACCUUCAUCUACAGCCUGCCCACACUCCUCCUCAGCCUAGUGCUGGAGUUGGGCAACUUUCUGCUGUUUUGCUUGAUGUCCACUGCAGAGGCGACAACACACAUAGCCCAGGGUGCAGUGACCUCGCUGGGCAGCGGGGUGCUGGCUCUGGAGGGGCUGCUGGAGAGCCUGAAGAUGGUGGGUUACCUGUCCAUGCAUGUCCUGCUGCGUGGGAAGGAGCACCUGUAUCGAGGUUUGCUGGUGUUGGUGGAGGGUUGUGGCAUUGCUGUCAGCCUGGUGGUCUAUUUCACUAACACGGUGGUCAACUUUGCGCUCAUUGCCACCCAGAAUCUGUACCUGGGGCUGGUCAGCGUGUGGCAGACGGUCUCCAGCCCGCUGCAGAAGGCGCUGGAGCUCACGCUGACCUCCUUCACCUUCAUCUACAGCAGUGUGGUUGGGACGUCAGCUUUCCUGUGGUCGCCCUGUAAACUGGUGUUAGACUUCCUGGUCUCGCUGGUUCAUAUGUUCAUCAGCAUCUUCAUUCUGAACAUCUACGGCCUCCUGCUCACCGUCACCAUCGCUCUGACCACCACUGCCUACCUGAAUCCAGAGCUGACCAGACAGGCUGCUAUGCGAAUUGUGGAUUACAUGAACUCUUUCUCUGCCCUGCGCAGACUUUAUCAGACUCUACGCCACCUGGUUUUGGGCUUGCACAGCAUCCCAGACUUUGUUCGUGGUGUUGUGCGACGCCUUCGAAGGAUACUCCAUCACCUCCGCCUGCUAGAGAGACGACUUAGGCAGCGGCUGUCCAGACACAGUAGUCAGUUAGGCUUGCUACUGAGGACGCAGCUCAACAGACACAACAACAACAGAGUGCGUGGCGAUGGCGACCCUGGAGAGGAGAGGCGGGACCCACCUGACGGCAGCGCAGGUGAUGGAGUCCACCGGGAAGUGCUGGAUUCAGUUUUGCCCUCCUCCAGUACAACAAGACCGCUAAAGAAGCAGACAUCUUUGGGCAAAGACAGUAAAUCUCCGCCUGCUGAGAACCUCCUGACUCUGCUGAAGGAGCAGGAGGACAGGAAGAAGUGUGUGAUCUGCCAGGACUGUACCAAGACGGUGGUGCUGCUGCCGUGCCGACACCUCUGCUUGUGCAAGGACUGUACAAACAUCCUGCUGAGGCAGCCGAUCAACCAACAGAACUGCCCGCUCUGUCGGCACAUGAUCCUCAACACUAUGGAUGUAUAUCUAUGAGAGAGUAACAGAAGUGGUUAUAAAUCUGAUAAUGUCUUUCCUUAAAGUGAAAAGUUUUCACUGGGUUGUGUUACAAUGAUGUCUGGUUUUAUUUUUUAUUUUUCUCACUGUCAGCAAAUCCCAAAGUCAACAGUACAUUCAUACACAAUAUUUAUUACUUCUCUCACCUGUGGUCUCCGUAUAAAUUCCCCCUUUACUGUAACAGUGGGGCUCUGUAGUUAUUAACGUGUUACUCCAACAGGCAUAAAUAGUGUUGGGGACUAUUUUCCGCCACAGAUGAAUACACAUACAGUCACAUAGUGAGUAUUCAUGUAUGUUGGAUCGACUCAAAAAGAACAACAGUGCUUUUUGUGCUUUAUCAGACUUCAGCCACAGAGACAGUUCUUGUAAGUGUGAUCUGAUUUAUUAUCAUUGUUGGGAUUUGUUGGUAAUAAAGAAAUAUAGAAUAUGAUGAGAUCUAUCUGCUAAGAUUUGGUUUCAGCUUUGGGCAUUCUCUGUCAGCAAUAUAGAAAAAAUAUAUGCUAUUUUUUUUGGGUGCUAAGAUGCACCUGCGUUUUCCAGUGUUGCCUUGAUAUGUCUCAGGUCUUGUAGCCAUGGUAACCAGUAGGUGCGCUUUCCUGUUGCUGAAAUGUUUACCACUGCUCGUGUCUUAAAAUGUACGCUGCUUUCAGUGGACCAAGCUGUGAAGAAAGAGAAAACUGGCACUGUGCUUUUUCUGCAUGAGUACACAAAUGAAUCCACACCUGCUGUUUGUGUAUCGCAGCGUAUUCACAGUAGCGCCUUGAGCUUUUUGUUGCAGUGGGAGAUUUUACCAUUUAAUACUUUUGUAAAAUGAUAACCACUUCAGUUUACCUGUGUUGGAUAGAGCUUUUCACACAGAGUCCUGUAAAGGGAGUUUAAAAAAGAAAAGAAAAAAAAAGGUUUUCUGUACUUGAGGAUAGUGAUUCAUAAAUUUCCAGUCAGGCCUGAUAAAAUGCAGCUUUUAUUCCAUUUGUUCUAUUGAUAGGGCGUAUUCCAGUCUUCCAUCAAUAUUACAGUCACCACCAACACAUAAUCCAUAAAAGGUUUUCACUUUCUUUUGUCAUUGUAAUAAAACAGAUUUCUGUUGUAUAAAAGGACCAUAAACCGAUGAGGCUUCAUAAUUCCAUUUACAUUUGCCUUUUCUUUUUUGUUGAUAUCGAUCAGUGUUUAACGUUUACACAUGUAUUAUUAUCAAUAGUGGCUGAUGUGGAAUCAGAUCUGUGGUGAAAGAAAGUACAAUCUUUCAUAUACCUUCAACUGCUUUACUAGUUUUACUUUAAAUAAUUCAUAUAGGAAUUUGAUGUCUGGGUUAUUUUUGUGACUAUAGAGCGAUGGAAUACCUGUCAAUGACAAAUGAUCAACACAGACUACUCCUCCUGUCAGGUAUUCCUAAAAAUGCUUAUUUCUGGCACUCCUAACUAAAGAUUGCAGUGGACUGUAACAGCUCACAUGUACAUCGUAUGUUGCUACCUGCCGUUUGUUUGACCUGUGUGAACGAAGUUUGAUGGUGUGAUUUAGCAGAAAUGAAUGUAAUGUUUUUUGAGUGAUAUGGCUGCCACGUUACUGGCAUUUCAUAAUAAAACAA